UGACGUCAGCUGCUGCACCAUCAUAGUUUCUUGUGCUGAUGUGCGUGAAGUGAAGAAGCUACAUGAUGCUCGCUUACCCUGCUGCUGGAGUCCUUUUAAUAUUAGCUUGGAUUUAUCCAAGUCACGCUCUUUAUUUCCACAUAGGAGAGACGGAGAAGAAAUGUUUCAUAGAAGAAAUCCCAGACGAAACCAUGGUUAUUGGAAAGUACAGGACUCAGCUGUGGGACAAGGUGACUAGUUCCUUCCUCGCAGCCACGCCCGGCCUGGGGAUGCAUGUGGAGAUCAAGGAUCCGGAUACUAAGAUUAUCCUCUCUCGACAAUAUGGCUCAGACGGACGGUUCACCUUCACCUCCCACACCCCCGGGGAACAUCAGAUCUGUUUGCACUCCAACUCCACUAAGAUGGCUCUGUUCGCAGGAGGAAAACUGAGGGUGCAUCUGGAUAUUCAGGUGGGAGAACACACCAACAACUACCCUGAAAUCGCUGCUAAGGACAAACUGACGGAGCUGCAGCUGAGAGCCCGACAGCUGCUGGACCAGGUGGAGCAGAUCCAGAAGGAGCAAAACUACCAGAGGUAUCGGGAGGAGCGGUUUCGCAUGACCAGUGAGAGCACCAACCAGCGCGUCCUGUGGUGGUCCAUCGCUCAGACACUCAUCCUCAUCGUCACUGGCAUCUGGCAGAUGAAGCACCUCAAGAGCUUCUUUGAGGCCAAGAAACUGGUCUGAUGCGUGUCUGCAGCAUGGCAGCAGCAGGAAAGACUCGAGCGAAUGGAGUCACGCCCACCCAGAAACACCCAGGAGGAGACGUGUUCUUAAGGGGGAGCUGGGGCUGCUUGAGGGGGGGGUUAUAUGAGGUACUUCUCCACAGUCAGUGCAUCACCUACAGAGUGAUGAUGAGAAGAAUGUAUUCUAGCUAGGAAGUCAUGUGUUGUGCAAAGUGAAAGGACUGUUUUUGUCCAUGGAGGCUGGUGGCAUCAGAUAGGACUCUAAGGUAAAUUGAUGAAAAUAUAAAAAAUCUAGCAUUAAAAAAUCAUUUUUUGGGUUAAUACAGUUUGCUGCCCCUAUCCACAGCAGAACAUUAGCUUCCUGAUGCUACUCCUGUCUGUUUCUCCAAACUGUAGUUAAUACACUGAGUGGAUAUGCACCUCAUACAACCCUCCUUUUAAAACACCCUCACUACAUCUUUAAUACCAGCCAUAACUGGUACGAGCAAACUCACAAAGCAGUUGUAAAGCCUGGAGACUGUGUUGUUAUUAUUCAUUGUUUGGCUGUUGUUAGUUUCCGACAGUGACAACACUCCACCUGCCUUUUUUGUGUUUUUGUUUACAUUUCUUUUUCCUGUUCCAAGUUUAUGAGGUCUAACAGGAGUGAAUAACAGCAGUGGAUAUGUAACAAUAAGGUCACCAAAAGUGUAUUGAUCUUUUAUUUGAUGCAGCCCCCCCUUUUUUCUUUUUUUUGUCAAUACUGCAUAUAUUUCUAUUUCCAGGUGUUGCAUUCUAACCACAGGCGUUCAGCGGGGACCAUUAGGCAGACGCUAUGAUAAUAAUAUUUCACCUGCAUUCACAUAUUGAUAUUUAUACAACCCUCCUUUUUUAGCACGCAUACACAGUAUAUGCAGCCCUAAUAAGAGAACGAGUGUUUAUUCAUGUUUAAGAAACAGUCCUAACAUUAAUGAAAUAUACAUUAUCAUUAUUAAUGUUAAUAUUAAUUUAUAUAAAACUUGUAAAGAAGAUAUACUUACAAAUAAUACAGUUAAUAUUAUAAAUCCUUGUAUAAAUCCCUGGUUUUAUACCAGUGGAGGAUUCUAAUGUGGACAUUAAUAAACUCUUACACCUCCUUAAUAUCAGCUGAUAUAAUGUUUAUGAAUGUGAAAUGGAGGGUCAAACUUAAACCCCCCUGACUGUAUAUAGUUUGUCCCUGGAGUUGAGUUUCCUGUGCGUUGAGCAGGUGUGUAGAUAGUUUGUGAUACUUGUCUCUUACUAACAGGAUCUACUGUUUGUUGUAAACAGCCGUUGACGUCCUGUUCAUUUUCUACAGCCUUUUACACGGAUUGAAUGUCUGUCCAGCGUGUUUCUGCAGUGUUGUGGGAAGUAUUUAUUGAGCAGUUGUAGCCUGUGUUUCAGUGCUGAGCUUAAGCCAAAUUUGAUUUACUGUCAUGAGUUUUUUUGGGUUCCAUUUAGCAAUGCCUGACAACUCUGAAUUUGUUAGAAAAUGAUUUGAUUUGAACAGAAUUUAGUAAGUCUAUUUUCUCCAGAUCUUUUUUGCCAAGUUUAGAUAGGAGUCAAAUUCUUAAAAUGAAUUUCGGCCAUUCAAUUAUUUUUUAUUAUGUUUGUUUAUCACUCUUGGAAUAUUCUGAUUUCCCCUGUGGUCACCUCCAUGUGCUUAAUAAAGACAAUUUGGCCAAACAA